AUGCACUCCGUGGGUCCCAGUCCUGCACCGCCAGUAGGCUCUCCCUAUCCGUACCCUUUCACUCACAUCCGUCGUGCUGGGGGAUACAACGCUUCACAGCAAUCGUCUACUUAUGACCCGAACCACCCCGCAGCCAUUCAAGAGCAAUUGGCUAGGCAGAUGCAAAUUUACGCAAUGAACAACGCAGCUAUCUUGUCUGACUCGACAUUGUCCCCCUCAUCGACCCCGUUCCCUGGUCCUGGGUAUAAUCCUUGGGCGUUUUUGCCUACGACUCGGCACAUGCGGGGUGGACUGGAUGCUUCCAUGAGCAUACGCUCCAGCCCUAGUCACGAGCCGGUCGAGCUGUCACCGCCUCGUGUGACUAGGGGCAAGUCGCUAAAGCAUCAGGGUCGAUCUGGUAAUCUCCGCGCGCAGCCGGCAGCUGCGAAGCAGAGGAAGCCGCCUCCCAGAGUCGAGAGUACGCAGCCCAGGGAGACGAGCCCCGAGUCCACUUCCGGUGAGGAGACGGCUGGGGAAGAAAAGAUUGAGGAGCAGUUUGUCCCUGACGAAGUGCAGUGGGUCAAUGGGGUGUCAAGAGACGAUACGGGUGAAUGGAUUGACGAAGACGACGACGAAGGGGACGAAGACGACUUGUUGGAGCUUGAGUUCCAUCCAUCUUACAUCGGCAACCCUGAGAAGCGACGUAGGAAAUGGGAGACCCGGUGGGACGACCUGGUGCAAGCUUUCCAAGCUCUCGAUCGUCAGACAGACACGACCUUGGUGCUUCUGGCGUCCCCACCGCACUCAACCAAGCUGCAUGCCUUAACUUCUCGAUCGAUAAGGCGUGACCCGUCUCUGAGACACUCCCCAGCUAUGUCGUCAAUCCGCACCUCCUUCACACAUGUCGCCUCGCAACGUCGUGCUUCCCGGUCCCAGAUGGUGUCUCUCGCUGAUCGACUGAGUCUACACUCUGGCGCUUCAGCUGACGGGUCCGACGUAAGCUCCAGCUCCCGGGAAGAAGAUCUGAAGCGUGCCCUUGAGGCCGCCUUGGGUAGCCUCGGCGCCCUGGGGAAUAUUUAUGAGCAGAGGGAGGCUAGGUGGCGGGAAGAGAUGAGGCGUUUGACUGACGAACGGGAGAGGGUUGAAUUAUUACUCCGGCAGACGCUCGGGAGCAGGCUCCCGAAUGGUAACGGUGUGGGCCACGCUAUGUAA